UCUACGACCAAGUUCGUCAUAUACUUCGAACCCCGCAUCGUAUCUCUCUCCCGACAAACCCAUCGAGUCCUCCUAGUUGCGGGAUCUUGAUGGCAUAUCUCUUGCUAGCAGGAGACGCUAUUGUAUCGCGACCACGCCGAUGACUCUGGUCCUCAUUACGAGGCCAUUGUCUGAAGCUUCCCCCGCAAUACAGCUUCUGCUGCUAAACAAGUGAGCCAUGCCAGCUGAGUCCGAUUUCCAAGAUGUCACCAGAUCUACGAUCCGGACUCGGACCAUGCCUCAGCUCAGCGGCGGAAGUGAGAAGCCACGGAAGUGGAUAAAGCGUUACCGAACCGAGACGGCCGCCAGUGCGGCCAGUGUCAUGUCGACCGUCACUGCUUUCCCUCUCGAUAGCGUAAAGACUCGUAUGCAGACAUAUCCUUAUGCGGGUGCCUUAGAUUGCAUCAGAGUCACUUAUAAUUCGGAGGGUAUUCGAGGCUUCUUUCGAGGUGUAACCGCUCCCCUAGCUAGUGUCACACUUGUACGAACUAUUUCCUUCUCGAUCUACCAACGCUCUAAAUACGUUUAUUCCGACUGGAUGAAACAACAUCUCGGCUUCUGCCCACUUGAACAUGUUAAUAAGAACGGCGCAUACCCGAAUCUAGGCACUAUUGCCUGCUUCGGGGCUGCUGGAGCCACCGCCGGCUCCGGCAUUACUUUUAUUGCUUGUCCUUUUGAAUUGACAAAACUAAGCGCACAAGUAUCUGUCCUCAUGGCGAACCAAAAGAAUGCCGAUCCUCAGAGGCAAGCUAUUGCUCUCAGCUACCACAAUAAAGGAACCUUCAAAACUCUUGCGAACAUAGUCAAGCACAGAGGCUUCUCCGGGAUGUAUACCGGAUUAAACUUGCACUUGCUGAGAGAUACCCUCGGGACGGGUAUCUACUUUGCAACGUAUGAGAGCGGCAAGCAACUGUUAACGACAUUUAGUGGGAAGGAUGCUCAUAAGAAUCCCAUUGCCGUACUUGCUGCUGGAGCUCUCUGCGGCAUAGUAUCGUGGGCGUUGAUAUAUCCCAUUGAUUCUGUUAAAAGUAUCUACCAACGAAAUGCAUUGAUGUAUUCUAAAGGCCAGAAGGUCCCAGUCCCUAAAAUCCAAUUCUUCAGGCGAGACAUGUAUCGCGGGCUCGGCGUGUCAAUGGGACGCUCCGCAGCUGUCAACGCGGUGUUCUUCUCAGGAUUUGAGUUGAUUAAGAAACGAAUCAAUGCCAUGAAGGAAGAAGAUAAUUAGGAGUAAAGCAUCUCAGGUACCUGUGAUGGCGAGUCGGAUAACAAUUGUACAAUCUUUCGAUGCGAUAGGAAGUAUUCGAUGAGGCGUUUGGUAUGGGUUAUGGACAAAGCUGGAUUGGUACGGCAACCUGAAAGGGGUAGUCCGAUAACAUUUUUGGCAAGAACAAAUCUCGUAACCCGUUUUAGGAACUACCACAGAAAUAACACAUGAUACGGAUCAGCAGGGGCGCACAAAAUAGCUCUACAAUAGGUGUAGACCAAUAAAUGCAUGUUAUUCAUGCCACAGCAGAAACUAAAAUGAUCCUCUGAUCAUAUAUUUCCGCCGAGACGCCAAUUACUAGGAACGUCUUAC